AGAGCGGAGCGCGAGCGUACCGAGUCCUGCGCGUGUAUCGAUCAGCGGCUCAUUGAUAACCGAUCGGCGCCUCUGAGGAUCUAUCGCUGAGGUUUUUAUUCAUUCUGUUUCCCGCGCCGUGUUCGUGUCGGAUACCUGCUCAACAUGGCCGUGACCGAGGCUGGAUGCGACCUGACUUACUGCAAGAUGAGGGGCAUCGUAGCCGUUCUCACCGCUUUCAUCAAGGAGAGGAAAAUGGGGCUGAAUGACUUCAUCCAGAAGCUGGUGUCGACCCCACAUAUCUGCCAACAUGCUGAAGUUAACAACUUCCUCAAGAUUGACGAGAAUCAGAACGAGGAGGAAGCUGACAACGACCAGCUUCCUGAUAGUCCGAUGUGCCUACAUUCCCGAAGUUCCCUGGCAGAGGACACUCAGAUCAAACCCUGUGAUUUUGACUACCUCAAAAUCAUCGGCAAAGGCAGCUUCGGAAAGGUUUUGCUGGCUCGGCACAAGGAGUCGACCAAAUACUACGCUGUCAAGGUGCUGCAGAAGAAAAUCAUCCUGAAGAAGAAAGAGCAAAAGCAUAUCAUGGCUGAGCGCAGCGUGCUGAUGAAGAACAUCAAACAUCCCUUCCUGGUGGGGCUGCACUACUCCUUCCAGACGACUGACAAGCUGUACUUCGUGCUGGACUACGUCAACGGCGGCGAGCUGUUCUACCAUCUCCAGAGAGAGAGGAUCUUCCUGGAGCCCAGAGCCCGGUUCUACGCCGCUGAGAUCGCAAGUGCACUUGGCUACCUCCACUCUCUGCACAUUGUGUACAGGGACCUGAAGCCUGAGAACAUCCUGUUGGACUCACAGGGUCACAUUGUCCUGACAGACUUUGGCCUCUGCAAAGAAGGCCUGGAGCCCACUGGGACCACGACCACCUUCUGUGGGACGCCUGAGUACUUGGCCCCCGAGGUUCUCCAGAAGCAGGCGUACGACCGCACCGUGGACUGGUGGUGUCUGGGAUCGGUGCUGUACGAGAUGCUCUACGGCCUACCUCCUUUCUACAGUCGUAACACCGCUGAGAUGUACAACAACAUCCUGCACAAAUCCCCGGUGCUGAAGCCCAACGUGUCCAACGCCGGCCGCGAGCUGCUCGAGGGGCUCCUGCAGAAGGACCGGACCAAGAGGCUGGGAGUCAAGGACGACUUUCUUGAACUCAAGUACCAUUCCUUCUUCUCCCCCAUCAACUGGGAUGACCUGAUGGCCAAGAAGAUCACGCCUCCGUUUGUUCCCUCAGUGUCUGGUCCCACAGACCUGCGACACUUCGACCCAGAGUUCACCCACCUGCCGGUUUCUUCCUCUCUGUGCACCGACAGCCUGACCGUGACCAGCAGCGUCAAGGAGGCAGCCGGAGCCUUCCCGGGCUUCUCUUACGGACCUCCGGCGGACCACUCCUUCAUGUGAACACCUUCAUCCUGACGGAGAACAAAAAGAAACCAGGACUAAAGCUCUGGAUUGAUUUGGACACAUGGACCACAGCAGAGCAGCCUGUCUGGGGCGCCGUUACAGAUAAGAGGAUCUAACUGACAUGAACAGCUCUGGAGGGAUCUUGUGCAUGACCCGUGUACAGAUGGAGGACUCUCAUGUUACGACACCGCCGGCCCCACGCUUCUGCCUCGACCAUCCUCAACUACAAUACAUGCGUGCCAAGUAUGGAUGCACCGUGGGGCCGUGAAACAUCCCUCACAGCGACCGGCGAAGUGACACGAGGAGGAAGUGCCUGAGGUUCAAAAGGCAGUUUGGACGGCAGCGUUGGCAAGAGCCAGAUUUAUCAACAAAAAAAAAAAACAAAAACACAAAACCCGUUUCCGUUGUUUGGACUUUUGACCAGAGCGCUAGCCGUUAUAGGUGAUGCCUUCAUGAAAUGUCUACAUAUGUUCAAGCUGUUUUUGUUUUUCUUAACUUUGUUUUCAUGUGAAUGCUCGAUUGCACUUGAGGACACAAGGGUCACGAGAAGUGAAACAUUUUGCUUCAAGCAUCAGCGACUUUGGAUUAGACAGCUGCAUAUCGUUCCACUCUUCAUCUCAUAUCUUUGGACAAAAGAAUAACGGCAUUUCAAUAACACGCUACUAGUGACACUCGGACCAAACAGAUGUAUGCUUUAACUCAAACACUUUCUUUUGACCUGUUGGUCCUCAUAAACUGAAAAUCAAACUUUUACUGUACUGUGUAGAAAAAAAGACGUUACAUAUAUUUUAUUGUAAAAGAGUUUCCAUGUUUUAAUAACCACAAACGUUCACUGUUUACGUUGAAGAAGGUUCUGCUUUUAGUGUACAUGAGUUCUAAAUGUCUCCUUGUGUAUAUACGUAUAAAUAGAUUUAUGAAACUUAUAUUUCAUCUAUGGCAAUAAAUUUAUUUUUUUUGUUUUCAUGUACUGCUAGCAACUGUGUUAAACUAUAUCUGCUGUUAGCAAACUUUAUGAAGGACUUGUCUUAUUGAUCCGGAGAGUGUGACACAGAGUUCAACCAGCAAUAAUCGGCCCACAUCAGUGAUAGCACACUCAUACUGUACAUCGAUCUUAUUUUAAAUGGGAGUGAUUGCUGUUUUAUUGCAAACACUCCAGAAAAACUAUAGACGCUAUGAUUACAAACGUUUGUAUUUAUGCAUCAUGUAGAGAAGAACUGUGAAUGUCUUGUGUCUGUCCAAGGCGGCCUGAUCCAUGUAUAUUGUACAUAUCUCUUUUCCCAAAACCUUCUGGUCCUUUUUCUAGAAAGUAAUCUGGAAAGUGCUUCAUUAACUUGGUGAGGAACCACUAGGUGGAGCAGUUUAGCCACUGUCCUGCUGCGUAAUACGGUUCUGGAAAGUGCAAUAAAAUUUUGUCAACACAGAAGGACUAAUUAAAGACGUUAAAGCUUUUAUCAGAAGUGUAAGUUGUAAUUUAUGCUCUGAUAUUCACUAAAUUAUUAGGGGAGGAGUGCCACUCAAACAGGGGUCUUUUGCGACUUUGUUGUGCUGCAUCGUGUCUCCGCGUUUUAGGGUUUUGCAAACAGAAAAUUAAUUUCCAAGCCUGCUAAAAGUAUGAAGAAAAAAAACGACAACAACAUAACACACAGUUCUAAUAAUUUUCUUCCAUAUGUGGAAGCAUUAAUUUUCUGUUUUGUACUUUUUAUGUGUAUUUAUUUUCAUGCCACUGCUACUGUAUAAAUAAGAAGAUUUACAUGAUCAACUGAAAUACUGAACUGUAAUCUGUGUCAGAAAUGGCAAAUAAAAUCUCUAAAAUCAA